CCCCUUUUUAUAGCAUCCUUUGAGUGAGGCUCACUUCUCGCUCAACAAGCUCUGGAGCAAUGGAAGGGCUGAUACCGUUGGUGUACAGGGCCAUCGUGGAGUACAGGAAGGCGAGGGAGGCCGUCGCCAUUGGGAGCUUCCUGUACGGCGACCAGCCGUGUGGCUCGCGGGCGUCGUCGUCGUCGAGGCUCUUCGGCGACCCUGAUGGCAGCUGGUACGCCGCCACGUCGCUGUCCCCGGCCGCGUCCCCGCCGGCGAGGGCCAGCCUGGUGUCUCCCCUCCUCCGAUCGGCGUCGCGUCGCCGUUGCGCAGGUUAGUGCACCGUUUGGAGUUGAGCACAGGGAUUUGACGGUAUUCUGGCCGGAACAAGACGGCUGGAUUGUGUGAAACGCCUGUGUUCCAAACGGGCCUAUAGCGUGUACAGAGUGAGAUGUACAUGUACUGUACAUUACCUAUACGGCUAUACCAGGUGUGUGAAUAAGCUCUUGAAAGAAAAGGGUGUGUUCUGAAUAAGGGCAUGAUCAGGGGGUGCUAUCCAAAGGAGCACCUCAACUGACAAAGCAAAGAUGCUGAAUGCCCAGGUGGCUGUAUAGUGUAUGUAUGGUGCUGUUGCUGCUGAUCAAGCAGCGCCCAAGUGUGUAUGUGUUGUACUGUACGUGCUGGAAGUUCCAGCACUAGAUGAGACAAGAGUGGUGGGAUGAUGUUGAGUUGCGGGUGUACGUAGCAAUAAGAAUGUGCUCAACUUUAUGCGAGUGACCAAUAAGUGCAAGAUGUGAGGUCAAUGUUGGGUGAGAGAACAAAAUAAGAUAAUAGCUCAUACCAUAUUCAGUGUUCUGCUUUUGA